UAACCUUGGCACAGAAAGUAGUAGUGUGCCAAUGAAGGGUGCCAAUGAUGCAAAGCUGGGAAGCAUCGUCAAUACAGAGGAGGAUUGGAAUAUUAUACAGGAAGAAUUGGAUGACCUUGAGGCAUGGAGACAAAUAAAUUGGAUGAAAUUUAACAGUACUUAAGAGCCUAAUAACAAGAAUUUCAGCUAUAAACUGAGGCUCAUUAUUUGAAAGCGGUAGAGGAGAAAGACAUGAACCGUAGGAAGACUGAGUCACCAAUGUGAAAUGGCUGUGGAAAAGCCUCCAGACGUGAAUAAUUAAAGUUCUGAAAAGAUGCUGACAACUUUAAAAAUCACCCCUAAAGACCAUGUCACUGAGUUUGGCAAGGACAAAUUUCACGUUUAUAGCAAUGUGCUGUUCUGUACUGGAUGCAACAAGGCUGUAGAUCGUUUGAAUGCAGACAAUUUUAGAACACGUGGAAAGCACUAAACAUAAGCUAAAUGAAAAUAAACUAAAGCAAGAGGCUGAAACAGCAGGGCCAUCGAUGACCGUAAAGAAACUUCACUGUGACUGGAUCAUUCUAGCAUUUUACAACUGUCAGAGAACAGCAUGAAACUGUCACUUUCAGAUUUUGUUCGAAUGUGUGUAAAAGGCGUUCCUCUGCAUAAAAUUGAUUUACCUGUUGUCCAAGAUUUUUUGAGCAAGCAUGUUGAGAGGUAAUGCCAUUCCCAAAUCAGAUCAAUUGUAUUCCCGUUAUUUACCAACUCUCUUUGAAGAGGACAUACAGCACCUUCUCAAUGACCUGAAAGGAAACUCGAUUGCUGUGAUCGAAAAAAUAACCGACUUAAUUUCAUGGCUGGAGCAUCUUACAUCAUCAACUGAUAAUGUGAAUGGAUCUGCAGCUGCUCAAAGCGCUGCUGAUAAACUGAGACAGUACAACCUAAAAAAUAAACAACCAGCAAUUGACUUUCUCCAUGCUGUUCAUGCAUUGGCUCCUAAACAAAUAGUUGCUGCUUCUACAGAUUAUGAAACUGAAACCACAAUUAAAGCUGUCUGAAGAAUGCAACAUGGAAUGGCUAGUGUAUUUAGGGAUUGCCAAAGACGUGUUUGGAAACAUUGACGAUCUCAUUUUCUGAUGUGUGGCUGUUGAAGAUCGCGUUCCCAACCUGGCAAAACAUGCAGUGGUUCUCCUCCAACUUGACUGUAUAUUCAGCUGACAUGGAACGAAGUUUCAGCCAACUUGGGGUUCUUUUCUGUGCUCAGCACCAAUGUCUGAAAGACGAAAAUGUGGCUGGAAUGCUACAACUCUAUUUUAACAACCAGGACUAAUUCAUAAAUGUCUGAGCAACACCCCUCCACUAACAGAAUACUUCCUAAAUGACAAAUAUCAGGAUGAGCUAAAUUUUGACAAUCCUUUAGGAAUGCGAGGUGAAAUAGCAAAAGCUUAUGCAGAGCUCAUCAAGCAAAUGUGGUCAGGAAAAUACAGCUAUGUCACACCAAGAGCAUUUAAGACACAAGUGGGACGAUUUGCACCUCAGUUUUCUGGAUAUCAGCAACAAGACUGUCAAGAACUUCUAGCUUUUCUCUUAGAUGGUUUACAUGAGGAUUUGAAUCGGAUUAGGAAAAAGCCUUAUAUUCAAUUAAAGGAUGCAGAUGGAAGGCCGGACAAGGUGGUUGCUGAGGAAGCCUGGGAGAACCAUUUAAAAAGAAAUGAUUCCAUCAUUGUAGAUAUAUUUCAUGGUCUUUUUAAAUCCACCCUUGUUUGUCCUAAAUGCGCUAAGAUUUCUGUAACCUUUGAUCCCUUUUGUUACUUGACACUUCCAUUACCCAUGAAAAAAGAACGCACUUUGGAAGUUUAUUUAGUUAGAAUGGAUCCACUUACUAAACCUAUGCAGUACAAAGUAGUUGUUCAGAAAAUUGGGAAUAUACUGGACCUUUGUACAGCACUGUCAGCUUUGUCUGGUGUUGCUGCAGAUAAGAUGAUAGUUACUGAUAUAUACAAUCAUAGGUUCCACAGAAUAUUUGCUAUGGAUGAAAAUUUGAGUAGUAUUAUGGACCGUGAUGACAUCUAUGUAUUUGAAAUCGCUAUCAACAGAACAGAGGAUACAGAGCAAGUCAUAAUUCCUGUUUGUUUAAGAGAAAAGUAUAGACACACCAGUUACAGCCACCAUAGUGGUUCUUCGCUGUUUGGUCAACCUUUUCUUAUAACAGUGCCUAGAAACAAUACUGAAGAUAAACUGUAUAACCUUCUGCUGUUGAGAAUGUGCCGAUAUGUGAAAACAUGUACUGAAAGUGAAGACUCUGAAGGAUCCCUAAACUGCUGUAAAGACCAUGGUAUCAAUGGUAAUGGCCCAAAUGGAAUACAUGAAGAAGGAUCCCCAAGUGAAAUGGAGACAGAUGAACAAGAUGACGAAUCCAGCCAGGAUCAGGAACUUCCUUCAGAGAAUGAAAACAGCCAAUCAGAAGACUCAGUUGGAGGAGACAAUGAUUCUGAAAAUGGAUUGUGUACUGAGGAAACUUGCAAAGGUCAACUACUUACGGGACACAAAAAACGAUUGUUUACAUUCCAGUUCAACAAUUUUGGCAGUACUGACACCAACUAUAUCAAAGAUGAUACCAGACAUAUUAGAUUUGAUGAUAGGCAAUUUAGGCUUGAUGAAAGAUCUUUUCUUGCUUUGGAUUGGGAUCCUGAAGUGAAAAAAAGAUACUUUGAUGAUAAUGCAGCAGAGGAUUUUGAAAAGCAUGAAAGUGUGGAAUAUAAACCUCCAAAAAGGCCCUUUGUGAAAUUAAAAGAGUGCAUUGAACUAUUUACAACAAAGGAGAAACUAGGUGCUGAAGAUCCAUGGUAUUGUCCAAACUGUAAAGAACAUCAGCAAGCAACCAAAAAGUUAGAUUUGUGGUCACUGCCCCCAGUACUGGUAGUACAUCUAAAGCGCUUUUCUUACAGUAGAUAUAUGAGGGACAAGCUGGAUACACUGGUUGGUUUUCCAAUAAAUGACUUGGAUAUGUCAGAGUUCCUUAUUAAUCCAAAUGCAGGGCCUUGCCGCUAUAAUUUGAUUGCUGUGUCCAACCACUAUGGAGGAAUGGGAGGAGGGCAUUAUACUGCUUUUGCAAAAAAUAAAGAUGAUGGAAAAUGGUACUACUUUGAUGACAGUAGUGUAUCAACUGCAUCUGAGGACCAAAUAGUGUCCAAAGCAGCAUAUGUGCUCUUCUACCAGAGACAAGACACUAUCAGUGGAACUGGGUUUUUCCCUCUUGACCGGGAAACUAAACAAGGUGCUUCAGCUGCCACAGGCAUCCCAUUAGAGAGUGAUGAAGACAGCAAUGAGAAUGAGAAUGAUAUAGAAAAUGAAAAUUGUAUGCACACUAACUAAUAGAAGACCUAGAAGCCAUAAAAAGAAAGACUUUCUCACUGGAGAUAUCUAUUGAAAGAAUGAAAUUGCCCACCAAAUUAAAAAUAAAAUCUGAGAUGGGGAAUUUCAGAUAA